CCUCCCUUUCCCUCUCGAUUCUUGAAUAUUUUAGAAUGGAGUUACUGUACCAAACAGAAUUGGCUCAAGAACCCAACAAUCCACUUUUGCUAGCAAAUUAUGCUCAGUUUCUCUACCUCGUGGUUAGGGAUCUCGACAGGGCGGAGGACUACUUCAAGAGAGCCACGGAGGUGGAGCCAAAGGAUGCAGAGGCACUGAAUAAAUAUGCUAACUUCCUGUGGGCGGUGAGGAAUGAUCUGUGGGCAGCCGAGGAGACCUACUUGGAAGCCAUUGCUGCAGAGCCUAGCAACUCAUACUACGCGGCUAACUAUGCCCAUUUCCUAUGGAACACAGGCGGAGAAGACACCUGCUUCCCUCUGAGCUCGCCCGAGGCAGAAUCAGAUGGUCUGUAAAACUUACAUUGGUGUGAUCAAGAACAGGAGGCUCCCGCUAAUGGUCUUUGUUGAUGAUCAAAACUCUUUGGAGAAAGAAAAAAGAGAGAAGAAAGAAAAUCAUUUUUUUUUGGUUUUUUCCUUUGUUUUGAUUUUGGUGGGGUACAAAGAGAGAUGCUCUUUGUUUUCAUUUUGUACUCUACCUACUUAUACACAUGCGAUUGGCAUAAUUGUAAUUAAACUCUCUUGUCAAUAAUUAAAUGCCAUUUUAUUCUCUUUGAAA